UUAUCAUAUAUAGGACAAGAUGUGCAACAAAUUCCUUUAAAUAUUGUGAAAAUUUAUUCACAAUAUGCCGUAAAAUUGGACCUAAGUUUCAAUAUAAUAGACAAUUUGGAUGGAAUUGAAAAGUUCACAAAUCUUAAGGAAUUGAUUCUUGAUAAUAACUUAAUUAAUGAUGAUUCUAUUAAAUUAUCAUAUAAUCCAUCGCUUCACACUUUGUCCCUAAAUAAAAAUAAGUUAACAGAUCUGGAAAGACUAUUAACACACUUAUCGGAAAAGUGUCCAAAUGUGACAUUCCUGAGUUUGUUGGGAAACAACGCCUGUCCCGACCAGUUGUCCAACAAUUCACAAAAUGAUGAGCAGGACUAUGAAAGAUACCGUCGAUAUGUCAUCUAUCGCUUACCUUUUCUCAAAUUCUUGGACUCGACUCGAGUUACAGGCGAAGAGAGAAGAGAUGCGAAUCUAAAGGGACAGUAUUUGAGAACAAUUCGACCCAACGAUCAAAUGUUUGAAAACAACGACGAGAGACGAGUUGUUCGACAAUUAUUUACUCCUCUUCCCAAUCAAUGCAAUUCUAGUGGAAAUCAUUUUGGUGCUUACGGACCACUCAAACACAGAUACACUGGCAAACACUCUGAAGGCAAUCGCUUUAUAAGAAAUCACGAGUUAUAAAACAUUUGGUUAACAAGUUUUAUGACUAAACAAAUGGGUC